GACGUAUUUUUCCCCCGUGCGCCAGUCGACCGUCGGACAUCGUUUGGAUUACGUGUGGCCGUGUGCGAUUGUCGUUCCGUCGUCGUCGUCGUCUCGCGCAGCGUUUGUCUCGCUUAAUCGAGUGGAUAUAUUUUUAUACUUUUUUUUUUCGGAUUUUCCGACAGAGAUUCCGUUCGCCAUCUCCCGCGGCGUUCUAACAGUGUUCUUUUUUUUUUUUUCGUUUUAGUUUUUAAACCGUGUACGGAACAUAGUGAUCGACGUCCGGCGGUGCGUGAGUACAAUUAUAAUAAUAUAAUUAACGUUAUCCGAACAGAGGUGUGCCGCACAUCAUACACCUUCGUCGUUUUGAAAACUUCAAAUUACCGACCGUCGCGGUAAAUCAUUUCGUCACACUUUCGCGCGCGUUUCGAUGCGCGUAGCGGUGGAGAUCGGUCGCGCGGGCGUCACUCGUGUGGCCGGCUUCGUGACGACGUCGGUGCCGUCACCGCCGUCGUCCAGCGGCCACGCUCGGGCGACGGGCCGCGCCGCUUGAUGGCCCGCCAGUGGCAGCUGUGGCUGGCGGCCGCGGUGCUGGCGGCCGCCGGCGCGACCUCGGUCCGGGCUGACACUUGCCCGGAAGCGUGCCAGUGCAAGUGGAAGGGCGGCAAGCAGAGCGUCGAGUGCCGCGACAAGUCGCUGAUCACGGUGCCGACGGGCAUCGAUGCGGCCACGCAGGUGCUGGACGUGUCCGGCAACAACCUGCAAAUACUUCCGGAAAGCGCGUUCGCCCGGCUCGGGCUGCUCAACCUGCAGCGCGUGUACAUGUCCCGGUGUCGGAUCGGGCAGAUCGACGGCCGGGCGCUCUGGGGACUGACCAACGCGGUGGAGAUAGACCUGUCCCGGAACAUGCUGACAGCGGUGCCCACGGCCACGCUGGCCGACGUGCCACUGCUCCGGGACCUGUCGCUGGCCGGAAACCCCAUACAGCGCGUAGGGCCAGAAGCUUUCCGGCAGUGCACCGGCCUAGUCCGGUUGGACCUGUCCGGGUGUGAGCUGCACGAGAUCGCGGCCAGCGCGUUCGUGGGCAUCGACAGGCUGGAGACGCUCAAGUUGAAUGACAACCGGCUGACCGAGCUGAUGGCUGGCACGGUGGCCACGCUACACAAGGUGCAUGGCGUCGAGCUGCAUGAGAAUCCUUGGCACUGCGACUGCCGCAUGCGGCCAGUCAAGGUGUGGCUGACCGACAACAACGUGCCGACGGCUGUCGACCCGGCGUGCGCAAGUGGCCCGGGCCGCGUGGCCAACCGCACGUUCUCCGCACUGGCGGCCGAUGACUUUGCGUGCCAACCCGACAUCCUGCAGCAGGACGACCAAACCGUGCAGGCGGCCACUGGUGACAACGCGUCCGUUUCGUGCCGCGUCCAUUCGUCGCCGGCCGCCAAAGUUUCAUGGUACUGGAAUGGUCGGCCACUGGCCAACAACACGGCGUUUGGCCCGUUCCAGCGGGUGUUCAUGACUGACGACCGGACGGCCACGGGUGGCGGCACCGGGCACAGUUCACUGCUGCUCACUAACGUUCAACCGUCCGACUCGGGACAGUUCCUGUGCGUGGCCGAAAACCGGGCCGGUCGGGCUGAGGCCAACUUCACGCUGGUCGUCACCCGGCUCGGUGGUCUCGCAUUCCUGGCCAAUGGUCAGGUGGCCGGCCUCAGCGUGUUCCUGGUGUUCCUUAUCGUCACCAUUCUGUUGGUCAUCGUUUACCUACUGGUGCGGAUCAAGCGGCUGCCACCCUCGUCCACCCGGUCCGACGGCAAGCCGCAGCAUCUGGUCACCACUGCUGCGUCGGCAACCAGCAACGGUACGGCCGCCGUAGUUGUGCAGGUCAAGCAACCCGUGGCCGGCCAGGCCACCUCCCCAGCCACCACAACAGUCGUUUCGUCGAUGGCGGUGGCGGUCGGUGGACCAUACGGUGGACUCGACGCCGGGUUCGACCAAGCGACGGCCACGGAGCCCGUGGUCGGCGGAGUCCGAAGACCCGCGAAGCUCACCGAACUAUCGUUUGCCACCGACCACUACGAUUCCGGUGGUUUUGGCCACGGUGGCGUGCUGGACGCCGGCCGGACCGUGCUGUACCGGAGCCAGCCGUCCAACCCAGACCUGAUAGUGGACGCGCCCGAACAGCAUUCGCCUCAGUCUCAGCCACCAGGCGCCGCACACUCUCAGCACCAUCAGCAGGCCAGGAGGUCAGCGAGCGGCGAGUACAGGAGGACGGCUGACGAUUCGCUCUACUCGCCUGGUUUUUGGACGCCGUCUGACGCGGCGGCAACAGACCGGACGCCGAUCAUCGAGAAAUCGCCGCCGCUGCCCGCGCAGUCGGUGGCGGCCGUCUGCAGCGCCAGGGAAACGGUGAUGGUGGCCGCGGCGCCGGACCCGAAGGCGGCCAGUCUCAGGGUGUGGAAACACGGGGUGCAGGUGAUGCCGCCACUGAGCGCGCUCAAGCGGGCCCUGAACAAGGGGUCGCCGGACGAAGGAUACCAGGAAGGAUGCGGAACCGACGUUUGAUCUCGACCGACGCUCUUAAGUAAAAUAUACAAUACACGUUUUUACGAUACAUAAGUUUUUUUUUCGUUUUUUUAUUUUGAUCUGUUAAUUUCUUUAAUUUUUUUUUUUUUUUGUUUUACUUUUUUUCGCGUACGAUUUUAUUUUUUGUCAUUUUUCGUUCAGCCGUGUAGACUCACCGCCGUAGUAAAUAUUAUUAAUUGAACACACCGUAUAAGACGCAUUUAGUUAGUAUUAUUGUAACGACACACAAACAUCUCCGACGGCAGUCCGGUUCAAAUAUUAUACUGAUGGUUCGUAUAGUGCGUGAUGGUCGCAAUACUCACAACUAUAGUGUUACUAUAUACUUAAAGAAAUACCACAACAGACUAUAUCAGACUCGCAUAACUAUCCCCUGCCCUAUCAAAACCACAAUUUGUUUAGUAUCUUCCAUAGUAAAUAUCAGAUUGUGAUAUAUUACAAGUUUCUUUUACGCAUACCUAUAAUACUGCAAUGAUACGAAAACGUACUAUAAAUGAUAAUUAAUUAUUAUAAUCAAACAUAAUUUAUACCUACGCAUAUAGUACGACGAAUAUUCAUAACGUGUCUAACUUUAUAACUGUGUAAUAUUAAUAUUUAACUAGUUCAAAUAAAAAUCAACUAUACUUUCAAUUUCAAAAUAAAAUCCAACUUAUCAAUAUUAUAUAUAUUUUAUAUAUCAAUAAUUAAUAUCAGUUUGUAUAUUAUUAGGUACACUCCAUGUUAUAAAAUAACGGUAGGUUCUCGUCAAUCGUGGGCUUUUUUUUUCGGUCGGUUUGGGAAUUAUUUUAGGGAAAAAGUACCCCAUGAACCUCUCCCUACGUACUACUCAAACUACUUUUACUACUCCAAUGACGACCCUCACUUCUAAUACACUUCGUCCGCCAUAGUUUUCGCGCCACGUCUCUCUCUCCCGGUGGUAAUCUUGCGCGGGUCGCGAUCGAAUUUACGACCGUCAAGCACUUUGUAUUAUGAAAUUAUACCAUAGCGGUACCUAUGGUUUUACGACUCACACGUGUGUCGAGACCGCUUCUCGUCCGACAUACAUUCUGUCCGUGCCUAAAAUAUGACAACAUAUGAUUUGCACGCGACAUCGAAACGAGACCAUAUUAUUAUUAUGUUACAGAGUUGUCAAAAUGUAUUUUCAGUACAAUCACUGUAACCGGAAAAUGUAGGUUUGAAUAUUGCUGUGUUUGGAUUUCGUGGUGUUUUCGAUGGAUUUCGUCGACAAAGUUUUAAGAACGAUCAAAACACAAAACUUUGAAAGGUGUCGUUUUUCAAAUAUAGUGUUCCGUGCGGGGUGACGUGCACACUUUUAAUCCGUAGGUAGCCGAUUUAUAAAAUUAUUUUUCAAUAAAGCAUAUUUACGUAACUUUUCAAUAUUGAGCUUGUAAUAGUGCAGGUAUUUUAUAUACCUGAUCAAUAAUAUUCACUGCGGAUGAAAUCGUAUUUUACUUAAAUUGAAUGAUUCAUCACUUUUUUUUUCCUGCUCAAUUUUUUUUGAAAUUUACCUGCAGACACUUAUGUACCCUCAGCUAUUACGGUUUCGUCUGAUCCGCGUAUAAGUCUACAGUUGAGUUUGCCCAACGCAGUUUAAUCGGAAAUUAUUAUUAUUGUAUGAAAUCGCUUUUUCACGUACCUACUCUUAACUUUAAAAUUGCGAUAGCAUAACCGAUCGCAUAUAACAUACAUAAUAAUAGCCGCUAUUCAUCCGUUCGUGUAAAAUCAUGUCGAUCGGAUUUCAAAUAGAAAGAAAAAAAAAUACGAAACCGUCCGCAGUAAUGUUUCCGAUAAUAAUAAUGUAUUAUAUUACCUACUGUAGGUAUUCGUCUAAAAAUUCAAAGAAAAAAAUGUCAACUCUAAACGAUAGUGUAUUAUCGUACUACAAUAGAAUAUGCGCUUUUAACUCUUAGUUUUGUUUUUUUUUUUUUUAUUACAUAUUUUGGUUGUACCCUAUACGGAUACUUACGGUUUUGAAAAUCUGAUAUUAUUUUUUCAUGCCGAAAAGAUUAAACGUAAUAUAAUAUAUCUCUACCUAAUAACUUUUAUCGAAACUUUUGAUGGACGCAAAUACCUUAGGCGCGGGUAAUACACUUAAAUCAAUAUGCGAAAAACUUGCCCAACCCGUCACUGUAUGCAAUCAUAUACAUAUAAUAAUACCGACCUAGUCCUUCCUCGCUCCUAGUGUUAUACUACACAGUAUAAUAUAGUAUUAUGAUCACGCAUAUUUGAUUUUUGAACAGACCCUAAAAUGUCCCGAAAUUCCGCUCACGGUUUUCGGCGCGAUUCUUCUGACCUAGAGUGCAUAUUAUUAUUAUUUUUUUUACCCGAUUUCACGACAAAAAUGUACGUCACUGAAAAACCUUCCACGACGCGAAACGAUUGUAAUGGACUCGAAUAUUCACGACGGGCCACAGUGGGCACAGCUAGUAUCCUAAAAAGCAGACGAGACAACUUUUAUUUUUUAGAAAAUCGCAAUCAAAACUAAAACUGCCGCGAAAACCACGCAAAAGUCGUCGAACGCAACGAAAUACAGCUGAUGUAUAUCUUAACGCAAUACCUUUACCGUUGUAAUAAUAUUAUAUUAUUAGGUAUUACAAAAAGGCUGUUUGCUUAGAAUUUUAUUAGUAACAAUUAUUGUGCCCACGCUUGUGUGCUCGUGCGUACAUAUCCCCGCGGAGAAUGAAAUAAAAUAGUAUGAAUUACGUUUUCGCGAACGGUUUGAGUUUAUUAUUAUAUUUUUUAUUUUUUCCUUGUCGGUAUCUCUCUCUCUCUCGCACGCGGUGGUUACUUUAUUGUACUCACUUCUCUUCGACGGCAGCUCGCUGUAUCAAAGACACGAAUCUACUUCUUUUUUUUUUUUACUACCUAGGUAUACUUUUCCUUUUCCAUAAUUUCUUUACACGGGUUUUUUUUUUUAACCUUUUUUUCCUUUGCACUCCGAAUACGAUGCGGGCAACGGUCCAACGAAAUCCUCUCACCCCGCCCACGGUACACACGCGAACUCUCAAUACACAGGCGCGCGCGCGUUGUAAUCAAUUUUUGUGUACGACUUCCGAGAGAUAGAGAGGGAGAGAGAGAGAUACGCCGAGAGACACCGUCCCCAUCCGAAGGAUAUAUAUACGACAGAAGAAAACGCCCUCGAAACCGCGAGCGUUGUUUUCCGACACCAAUCAUAAUAUAUACGUAUCGUACAGCAUAUAUACCGACACGCGUAUAUGCGUAUAUCGUUCUGUUGUUUUUUUUUUAUUUUUUCUUUUAUUCGAGCGAGAGGGUACCUCUAUAUAUAUAUAUUAUAUAUACAGUGCUACCGGAGGACAAAAACAUCCACACACACACACACACACAGCUUUCCCGAGUACUUAACGUCUUCUUUUGUUAUCGCGACGUACAUUUCGAAUGUCUUCCCUUCCCCGUCCCCACCUUAUCGUAUACCUGUAGUAUUAUAUAUUAUACGUUGGGCGCCUACCUGUCUACGCGCACGCAGCAGAACAUCACAUGGAUGUUGUGUGGGUACGGGCGCGUCCCUUUGUCGUGGCCUGCAAGGAAAAUGAAAAUGAAAAAAAAAAACCAACUGAAGAAAGAAACCGGGAAUAAAAUCCCGCUCAUCUUUUCACUCGCCCAAACGGUUUUUUUUUCACUUUUAUUUAUUAUUAUUAUUAUUAUUAUUUUGAACGUUUUUUUUCUCAGUGUUUCGCAAACGCAAUGCUGCCGCCGCCGCCCGCGCGCAAAACGUUUUUAAAUUAUAUAGCCGUCCCCGUGUGCCGUAUACAUAUAUUGCCCUCAGGGCCUUAUUUUUUUUUAUUUCUCCGGGGGUUUUUUUUUUUAGCCGCCGUGUACCUACCCACCUAUAAUACGAGUGCACGCGACGGCACAUAGGUACCGUAAUAAUAAUAUUAUAAUAUGCGCGACGGCCGACCGCCACCACCCUGUAAAUCAGUAUUUGUGUGUCGUCGUGUGUACGAUAUUACCAUAAUACGUUUAUAAUAAUAAAGUGUACCUAUAUGCGAGGUGUGUGUGUGUGUGUGUGUGUGUGUGUGUGUCGAGUGAUACACGUCCGCCAAAACGCUAUACAUUUAAUAACAAUAUUGUCACAGUGCACGUUUCACCCUCGAUAGCGCCCGUUGGUUAUUAGGAAGUAUUCCCUCCGUAGACCUAUUGUAGACUUCUUGUACGUUUAUAGAUCAAUGGUUCACUCAGAGUAAAACCAUUUAUAUGCGACUUAGGUCCACGUGAAAUCGCGCGUGCCGCAGACGACUUAAUAUACCAACCGACAGACCGACGACUUUAGGGGAACUACCUAUACUACCACCCACAACAGUUGUAUAAAUCUCAAGCAUGAAAAUUUUUAUUAUUAUUUUUUUAUUACAUAGUAUAAUUUUAUAUAUUUACUCGUUUUUAAUUUAUUUUUUUAUUUAAACCGACGGUACGUGAACCACCGGACCGGUCGCAAAGUUUCCGCCAGUGGAGAGGGACUCGACCUAACUCGAAUUAUAUUAUACGAAGUAUCCCCUCGUAAGCCCUAAAUGUUCUCGACGAGCGUGUACGCCUCGUACCUAUCUUAUAGUAUAGGUUUAAUAAUAUAUUAUAUAACCGAAUACCGACAUGUUAUCAAAUUAUGUUGCAAUGUUGCUAUAUAUAUAUAGGUAUUAUUAUACUUGUUCGUAUGAUUAUAAUAUUAUAAUACCCGGUAUAACAUGUACGGUAUACGUAUUUAUAACAUAAUAUAUCCUAAAUGAUAAUAAUAUGUCGUACUUCCACACACGAUUUUGGAGGGUUUCCAUUGCCACUACCGCAUGCGCGCCCACAUGACCCAGUGGCGCAUUAAAACUUUGACGAAGCUUUGCGACCGUUCGACGCCCCGUUUUUUUUUUAUUAUAAUUUUUUUUUUUUUUAGUGAUAUUUACUGCGACGAAUUUUAAUUUAUCGUAUAUUGGCACACACAGUUCCUGUCGUAUAUAUAUAUAUAUAUAUAUAUAUAUAUAUAUAUAUAUUUAUAUUAUAUAUAUUAUAAUAGUUAUAUGGUAUUAUAUAGAUUGAUAGUCGAACGAUAAUAAUAUUAUUAUAUACAUUUUAUUGUUUGCAUGUAUCCCACCUAUACCCCUAUGACUUACAUUUAAUAUUAUAUUAUGAUGUGUGUUGUUUUGUACGUGUUCAACCGUACGCGAAACACAGUUUAUACGGUUUUGUUUUUGUUUUGUUUUGUUUUUUUUUUUCGUUUGUAAAAUUCUUCUAGCUUAUGAUAUAUAUAUAUAUAAAAAA